AUGGCGUACAAGCCAAUGUCACACAACGGCCAUCUCAACGCCUAUCUCGAUGAGCUCGCUCACAACACCAAUGCGCGGCGCCGAUACGGUCUAGAGGACUCUGUCUCCCACUUGGACAUCCUUCCGCCGCCGCCACCCAUCGCCGACUACGGUUACUACAGCAGUGGCACUACAUCGCCCACACAAACAGACUUUGCGCCGCCGUCAUCAGCAUCCUCUGUAGCGCCGUGGCCGUCCAAGACGCGCUUCGGAUCAGCUCAAGUGACGCGGCCUUUACGUCUCACACCCACCACUGGCGGUAAACAAGGUCGCUUCCAAGCUCUAUUCGAAACGGCCCUAUCACCGCGUGUUCCUGUCAGAGAAUCUGCUCGCUUUUUGGAACGUUUCCGCUAUGUCUUGUGUACUUCUCAGCUUCUGGCAGACAAAGUUUUGGCAGUCCAACAACAGCAGCAAGGCCCGCAACGACGCCUUGGUAGGUCUGAACUGCGUGCGCCGUCCAAUUUCCAGUUCGAUGCAGAUGAACAAGCUACGUGGGAUGAACGCCGUGUGGCAAAGUACUGGAUGGGCUCAGGUGGCUGCGUUCUACUCGUGUCCCUCCUACUAGUCUGGUCAAACAAGCGCGCCGCUACAUCAAGUACGCUUCACAAUAAAUCCAAGGCAUCGGCAACACUCUUCUUGACAUUACUUCUUGCACGCUUCAUGUGGGCGCAGUCACGUCGUGCGUAUCGCAGAUUAUUGCAUGUUCGUGCAGCAGAUCGAUGUGAGCAGUUUGUACUACAUUGUCAAUUACUCGAUAGCUUGUGUGCGCAAGCGAUCCGGUUCAUUGAGCAGGAUAAUGCUAUGCAGGAGACUGUCAGGUUUACUUUGACUGCAUCCCUCAACUUACUCUAUGCAGCGUUGGAUCGCAGUUUUGAUGUACUGCAGGGAGUUGCGAGUCUGAAUGAAUCCAGCAAACUUGCAGAAAUGUACAAUAUCGAGCUUCGACCCAUCCAACAGGGUGAAGGUUGUUUUGACGACACGAUGCAUCUCACAUGUGAUGCAAGUAGCAGUGCUGGACAACUGACUGACUUGAUGCAAAAUAUUCACCAGCGACGACGUAAAGUGCUCUGCUGCCUGCUUGCCGUUCAAGCAGAUGGCAGACCAGACCAUACUGCUGUUUGGCGAACGGUUAUUGAACAACUUGCUACAUUAUCGCAACUCACUGCUGGACUGGGUCAUCAACUCGAAGAAGUACUCCACACCGCAGCGAUGCAGAAACAAUUGCCACCCAUGAGCAGAGUGCAGCAAACGCGUCGACGUGCGCGGGAGAUGACGAUGGUGAGUCAAUCAUUACGUUCCACACAAGCACGACUCAUUACACUACGCCAACAAUCUACUCUUCUUCUGCAAGGAGAUGAAGUAAGUGAAUCAGAAGACCAUGAGGUUGCAGCGCGAGAAGCGUUAUUGAGGCAGUAUGAUGCCCUUGGCAGUGAUUUAGAUGCCUUGAUGGCAGAUUGGCAAAGUGGUCGCGAUGCCCUUGCCCAUUCUCAACGUCCUAUUGUACCGAUUCGUGCAUUCCUGACGGAAGGUGCGGCUGAUACUUCUACAGCAGGACACGCAGGUGCUGUGUCCAAACGACCCGAUUCCCUUGGCUUUUGGGGACCUCGUAUCUCUGUUUUGGGAACAGGCGGAUUGUCUCUUGAUCGCAAUGAUGUACAGAGCUUGGAUGCUGUGUUUGAAGGGUAUUCACUAGAUACCACCAAGCAGAGUGGUGAUGAAGGUCGAGCGAGACAGAUUGCAGCAAUGCGAGCUGAACGAGAGGCGAAACAAGCACGGACUGCCAUGCGAUUGCAGAUGCAACAUGCUGCAACGAGUGAUGCGUCUACAUCUCAACAACAUCGACAAGUGACGUUUGCAUCUAUACCGAAUGUUCAGGAACGACCAGCAAGUCUUGUUCAACCACAACAGCAGCAGCAGGGUGGCAGACGGUUACGUGGAUUGCGGCUGAGUAUUGGCGUCGCACCGCAACAUACCUACAGUGAUCGCUUAUCCGUUGUGGGUGAGGAAGGGAGUAUAGAUGCUCGAAAGCGGAUGACGGUGGGUGGUCGUCCUGUUUCAGGGUAUGUCACACAAGCAGAUGCAGCAGCUGCUGUUGCUGCUCGUAAACAACAGCAGCAUGGUGCAGAGACCCGACGACCUGCUGGGAUGCGUGAGAGUCUUGUACGGAAUGUGAGUACGGGGAGUGAUGGAUCUGCUUUAUCCCUUGCAACAUGGGCGACGGGGGAUUCUGGACUGGGUGCAUCGACGGCGAGUUACGGUAGUCGUUUUUAG